ACUUCGAUAUGACGUAGCUUCCAUGAGCUAUGUUACGAAGUGCCGUUUUGAAGAACAAUUCAUAGAUCAAAAUUAUUAUUUAUUAAAUAAUUAGAUUGAAAUUUUGAUUGUAAAUAGAUAAGGUCUAUAUAAUAUUUAUUCACAAUUGAAAUCAAAAUUUUAUAAUUUACUAAAUAGUAAUUUUAAUCUAUGAAUUGUUCUUCAAAACGGCACUUCGUAACAUAGUAUCGUCAUAACGUAACGUCAUAUCGAGCGGUUCAAGGGUAAAGCCUAUUGUAUUUGCAGUGUUUACAAAUAGAUACACGAGAUCGGUCUGGUUGAGAGCUAGUAAUCUUCUCUUGGUAGGCCUUGGUGGUCUAGGUGCUGAGGUCUGCAAAAACAUUGUAUUGGCUGGAAUUAAGGCUAUCACUUUGAUGGACUCAGAAUGUGUAACAAGGGAUGAUUCAAGUUCCCAAUUCUUGGCUGCUAGGGAAGACAUCGGCAAAAAUAGAGCUACAGCUUCAGUACAGCGAGCACAGAACCUGAAUCCCAAUGUGGUUGUCAGCUCUGAUGAAGGGAAUGUCUGUGACAAACCUGAAGACUUCUUCAAGCAAUUUGACAUUGUAUGUGUGACCUGCUGUAGUGUCCAAACCAUGAUGCAUGUUAAUCAGAUAUGUCAUGAGGCUGGUAUCAAGUUCUUUGCUGGAGAUAUUUAUGGCUUUUAUGGCUUCUCAUUUACAGACCUCAAUGAACACAGUUAUGUUGAAGAAAAACCCAAGAAAGUAAAAGGAAGCAGUGCAACAGACAGUGAAUCUAAGAAAUUGAAGGCUGAUCCAACAGAGACUGUAUUCGUUAAAAAAACAAAAACCUUUCAUCGACUGAAGGAAUGUUUUGAUAAAGAUUGGUCAACUUUAACAGAAAAACAACUCAAGAGGUCUCCAUAUGUAUUCUUCAUUCUAAGAGUGCUUUUCAAAUUCCAUGAUGAGUUUGGUCGGAAGCCCAAGGCAGAGAGCUUAGAGAAUGACGGAACAGAACUUGAAAGACUACAUAAUGAAGUCUUUACUGAGCUGGGACUAAAGACUGAUCUAAUUGACAGCAAUUAUACACAAUACUGUACAGGAGAACUAGGACCAACAUGUGCUAUUGUCGGUGGAAUCAUGGGACAGGAAAUAAUCAAGGCUGCGUCUGGUCGAGAUGCCCCACUGGACAACUUCUUUCUGUAUGAUGGAGUAGACAGCCUUGGAAUGGUGGACUGUAUUAUAAGAUCAUGAAUGAACACGACCUUUGACCUUUCAAUGUAACUCUUCUAGAGAUCUUGAAUCCUUAAAUACACAGCCUUGGAAAUAUGGAAUAUAAUAUGAUGUCAUGAAAGAUUACAAUUUGUGCCCCGUAUCCUCUACAUUCCAGCUUUGUAUGGUAUUUAGAAGAUGGCUUUAGAGACUGGACUUGGAGAUAUGAUGUUUUAACAAAAUAUGGAAGCUCCAUUAGAAACACUUUAUUUUGAAGAUAGAGAAAUAUGUUAAAGGAUAAUGGACUCUAAUGCCAUGAAAGGUCAUGACAGGUCAUGGCAUCACCUCUUAAAAUACCUCAAUUGAAAAUAAAUAAAUGUGUGUUAAUAAUGGUGAAAGUGGAGAUAACAUUAAUGUUAGUUUGUUACAUUUUAAUAUGAUAUCACAGCUCCGUGGAAAACUCUUUAUUGUAGAGAUCUGUUAAAGUGUAGGGGUACCGUACGAUGACAACAAAAACAAAGAGAAGAACAAGUUCAUUCCAGUUGAAGUUUAUUUUAUUUAUCAGAUCUCUUAAAAAAGAUUGAUAUAUCAGCGUUCCCUCGAAUGUCAAAAGAUAAAUCUUUAUAAAUAUAAGAAAUGUCAGGGCGAGCCACAAAUAUGGACACCAACUGGAAGGUGCACAUCCUUAACGAAGAACGAAAAUCAAACUGACCAGGCUCUGUGAGACUCAGCGCUCACUGGCCUUCGAGAUGCUAGCCCAUUCUCAUACAGCGUCAUGCAAGUACCUAAAAUACUAUCCGAUCACAAAGGCCAUUUCAGCCAUAACCAUAACCUAAAAUUACCAAUCUCAUAACCAAUCAGAAAACAACUCUUCUAGAGUGCGUCCAAUCAGAGCUCCUAUUGUAUAAAGCAAAAAGAAAGAAUGUUGGAAGCACCCGGGAAUAGCUAAUUACGAAUGGAUAGUUUUGGAAUAUUCAGGUGUACAUUUCCAUUAGCACAAAAGGUGUUUGCACGUUCUCAACAUUUUAGAGUAAACACAGUAGCAUUUAACACAUGAAAGGGAUUUGAUAUCCAGGGACAUUUUAGAGGAAACACAGUAGCAUUUAACAUGUGAAAAGGAUUUGAUAUCCAGGGACAGCUAUUCUAUUUUUUUGUAUACAUUUUUUUUUAAAACAAGUGCACACCUAGUUACCAAUAAUGCAUAUAGCAUUUCCAUUUACUUGAAAGCAGGAUAAAAGAGCAUUGUAGAUUACAUGCCUUGCUCACGGGCAUAGGUGCCGCGGCCGGGGAUUGAACCCCAGACUUUCAAUGUAUAGCCAGGCACCUUAGACCACUCGGCCACGGCACUUCACAAAGAUUAAACAUAAACUGGCAUAGCGCCCUCUUAAGAUCAAUUUGGUUCAGUGUGACAAAAUGUGUACCACUACAAAAGGAUGGACUAAAAUGUUAUGAUCGACAGGUUGUGACUUCACCUAUAAGAAUACCUCACCUUAAAUGCUUAAAUGUAUGUUGAUAAUGGUGGAUAGUGAGGUUGUAAACACGAAUGUUGGCUUGUGAAUCACAUUGUUAGUAUUAUAACAUAAUGAAACGUAAGCAGGAUUGAAAUUUACCACUGAGGCAUGAUUUCUUUGAAAGAUAUAGAAAUAGAUUUUAAAAGUGCUGUACUUGUAGAGGUGAUGACCAGUUUCAGUUCUUCAAUGUCAUGAAUAAAACAUUAUGGAUAGGGCUAUAUGAUAGUGCAUAGUAUUGUCACAGACUUUGCUAUUGUGAUAAAGAGGUGUAAUGUUGGUACCCUCAUUGUAUUGUCACACAUUGUAUACAUAUAUGUAGAGCUAAGAUACUGUGCAAUGCUUCAUCUAUUCAACCUUGGUAUAAAAACUCAUCCUGCCCAGGUUCACACUAGACCAGCACAAGAAUCAGAAAAAGUGGUUAAUUGAUGAAAAAGAAUGAUAAUGUGAAGCUGACAUAUAUGCUCCUUUCCCUUCUAUUUCAAGUCCAUUGUAGGUUACAAAAUCAAUUAUAAGUUUUGACAAAUACUGCUUGUAUAUUAUUUUUCCAACAAAAUUAUCAGCUCAAAUGAAUGACUUCUCAAGUUUCAAUCCCAGAUAAUAGGAAACAAUUUGUGUAAGUAUUGCAGGAUCUGGCUACCUUGAGGAUAGUGAUUGGUCCAUCUUAUCAUGAGGAAUGUAUAUAUCAUGCAACAAUUUAAUGUGCUUGUUUUCUAAUAAAGGGUCAAGUAUCACCUUUUUUUUUAAA